UGGACGCUAUCUAUCCCCGUCUCUUUUUAGAAACACCCCUUUAGCAUUGAUGCCCACCUCUUCUUGACAUCCCAUUCCACCUGAGAUCUCCUCCCACACUCCCACAUUAUCUCACACCUAUGUCUUUGGACAGGUGGACAGAGGUGGCAAGCGAAUGCAGCUGAGUUGACUUUACCAACCCAGUCUGGUAAAAGAUCUGUUGAGUGGAUUCGUCUGUUGACGUUCUGAAAUCCUGUUUUGUCUUUAAACUGACUUUCCAGCUGUGUUUGGUCAGCUUAGUGAGCUGACUACAAAAGGGAGACUCUUUUUUAAAGUUUUUGAUAUCUGAAGAGGAUUGAAAAGGUACACAUUUGACCUUUUCUAGAUUUAUUUUUGAAGAAUCCUCUUCAUCUGGUGGAGAGCCUCAACCGUCACCAUGUGGGAGUUCCGGUCUAUGAAUUUUUGGCGGGCAGUUUUUGCCGAGUUCUUCGGGACCAUGUUUUUUGUGUUCUUUGGCAUGGGCGCUGCCCUGCGCUGGACCACUGGGCCUCAUCAUGUCCUUCACGUGGCCCUGUGCUUUGGGCUGGCAGCCGCUACCCUCAUCCAGUCCAUCGGCCACAUCAGCGGCGGCCACAUCAACCCUGCCGUCACUUUUGCCUACCUUGUCGGCUCACAGAUGUCUCUUUUCCGAGCCAUUUUCUACAUUGCUGCCCAGUGCCUGGGUGCUGUAGCCGGGGCUGCUGUGCUGUAUGGGGUCACACCAGGCAACAUGAGAGGCAACAUGGCAAUGAACACGCUGCAGCCUGGCAUCAGCCUGGGGAUGGCCACCACUGUGGAGGUCUUCCUCACCAUGCAGCUUGUCAUCUGCAUCUUCGCCGUGACUGAUGAGAGGAGAAACGGACGUCUCGGAUCGGCUGCCCUCUCCAUUGGCUUCUCUGUUACCAUCGGACAUCUCAUGGGGAUGUACUACACGGGUGCUGGAAUGAACCCUGCCAGGUCCUUUGCCCCUGCUGUGAUCUUCAGAAACUUUAUCAACCACUGGGUGUACUGGGUCGGGCCUAUGAUAGGAGGUGCCAUGGGGGCCCUCCUGUAUGAUUUCAUGCUGUUCCCACGCAUGAGGGGUCUGUCCGAGCGUCUGGCCACACUGAAGGGCAGUCGACCUCCCGAGAACGAGACCCAGCAGGACACCCGCGGGGAACCCAUCGAGCUCAAGACACAAGCCCUAUAAACCUGCCCCUUCUCCCCUUCUCUGACUGGGGCCGAGGGAUGAGGGACAAGGCCCUGAGCUACACCAACCCCACCUCCACUGCCCCCACCCAGUGCCUUCACAUACACACACACAGACACAAAACUAACCCAGACAACUCACGUGUAGACUAACACCUAACAACAUUUUCCGGUGCCACUCUAAAAACAUGCAGGUCAAUCACCUUUAACCUCAACACACAACAACACUCCUCUACACCCAGUCAUCUCUCUGUAUUCUGAACUGGACUUUGUGUUUUCAUAAAUGGUGACCAGAGAUUGAACCAGUAGCCGCCCCGUCUCUUCCUGCCCGCCUCUUUCCUCCUCCCAGGCAGGCUUUUGAUCUGCAAUGCAGAAACGUGUGGAAACCCCUUAACUCCAGCAGAGAAAUUUGAGGAGGGGAGGAGACUGGGGGGUAGGACGGAGGUGAGGCGGGGAUGUGGGAAUGAUAUGUGAAAGGGAUAAGAGAGCAUGGGGCAGGUGGGGGUGGAGUAGAGGGGUGGAUAGAGAGGGCAGCACUUCUGGGUUUGUGGUCGUUUCAAGUUGGGUUAGACCAGUGAAGAUGGGCAUGCUUUUCAUUAUUCACAAGAAUUCUUUUUUCUUUCUUUCUCCAUUUUAGUUUAUUUUUUGUUUUGUUUUCUGCACUUCCCACACAAGACGUGGAUGUAUGAUACCAUUAGAUUUAACCAGGGUUUCAUUAUUUUCAAUCACUACAAUUUAUCUGUGGGUUUGUGUUUGUGUGUGCGCGCAAGUGUGUGCGUGAGAGUGAGUGUGUGCCUUUGUGUGCGCCUGCGCCUGUACGUUUGGGUGUAUUUGCAAGUGAGUGCGUUUAUGUGUGUACGUGUGCGACCGAGAUCGCACAUACAGUACUUUUUAUUUCGUUUUACCGCUCUCAUGUUUCGUAACCACUGAUUGUGCUCAUUUUUUGUCCCCACUUUUUAAGACAUUACCAUUUCUCCUCCGCCUUCACUGUGCUAUUUGGUAUGAUAUUCAUUUUUACAUAAACCAUCUGCUUUUUUGUUCUGAAUCAGCGCAAUCCAAAGCAAAUGUUGUAUCCCAGACUUCAAGAGUAGGUCUGCUGAUCGGCUGUGCGAGUUUUACAUUGAGUCUCCUUUUAUUAUUUGAUCCUUAACUGGGAGCACAAAGCGUUUCAAUAAGAAUUUCAAUGAAAAUAAACAUAAAAAAAACUUGA